CACAUUUCGGCACGCGUUGCACAGCCCCGCCAGACUCCACCGCCGCCGCCGCCGUACCUCGUUGUCCCCCGUCGAAUUUGCCAGACAUGUUUACGUGGGGAAAGUCAUCUGCCGCCAAGACACAAUCGCUCGAGGUUGCGCGCAUCAAUGCGAUCUCGGACGACGAAGACGCAUGGCCAAAGUUGUCGUCGGGACGCCACACUGGCGCAUCCAAGAAGCGAACAGCAACGUCCAGGCGAAAGAGAGGCGAUGACAGCGACUUCUUCUUACCAUUGACUCCACCAAGCAUGCCAGCCAUCCCCACGCCUGCUGCUCCGUCGACGCAAGCAAACGUGCCGUCGAACAACGUUCCCAUCACUAUUACCACACCCAACUCUGUCUGGUCCGAACGAAAGCAGUGGAAAGGCGAAAUCGACAUUUCUCAUGGGAGUCCCAUCCAGCCGCAAAGCGGAGAUAAACUCCCUCGUCAUGAAUGCUCACAUCGAAUACGAAGGGCCAUGCCGGACGACGCGUCAGUUUUGAAACCCGGCGCUCAAGUUCCGUCGACACCGCCGUUGUCUCCUUCAAGCGCACAAGUUGACGCUUCUGGGUCGCCAAACUCCCAUGCCCAACCGCGCGACCGCUUCUGGAACAUGGAGCUACAUGAGACCGCACCCAAUGCAACGAAACGUCGGGAAUCGCGAUCGAUGAGUCUCCCAGGAUGGCUUCCGACGGAGCCAUUCCAGUCUGAACUGCAAGAGAAAACCUUGAUCAAGCCUCGAUUAUUUGACUGCUCAUCUUUGGACGACGACUUGGACGAUGUGUGCAGCAACGGGUCCUCCGACACCACCGCCCUCUCGAGCUACAACUCGAGUCCACGCAUCCACAGCAUCGCGAGUGACGCACUGAAAAGUCCGGCGCUUGACUCGAGCCUUCCGCCACUCGGAUGCCAGUGCUCUCUUUCGUCCGACGACAGCAUGGUUGUCCUUCAGAGCCGCAUGUCGGCCGCGAUCCCGUUCAACUGCACUUGCUCCCACACUGCCAGCCUCGACGUGGACGCGACCAAGUUGGCCCGACUCGCUGACGAAUUUCGUGCCCAGCGGAUGGCCAACCAAGCAAAUGCUCUCAUGUGGUCCGUCGAACAUGCGACAUCGCGUGGCAUUAUUCCCAAGGCCAUUGAGCAGUCGUUAUACCACUUGCUUGGCCGCGGCGCGUUUGACGAAGCGCGGGAUGUGCUGUACCGCCAGUGCCACUUAACACCGGCUGUGCACAACCUCGUCUCGAAGGGUCCUUUGUCCGCCACCCCUCCACCGCCCGACGACGCACUUGACAAAUCGGCCUUGGCAGCCUUCGUGAACGCGAGGGCUCCCAUAGACACAGCCAUGGGCCGCCGUCACAAGCACGCCGUGCUGCGUGAGCUGUCAACGUUGGUAGUAACGUGGGUGAAGCGCGUUGGGAUGGAUCGAGGGUUGACGCUGGAGCACGUGGCGCUCACAAGCGGCGCGUUGUUUGCUGCAGGGUCAUACCGGCUCGCAAUUGACGACCCGACGUCCGACAUUGACACGGUAGCAGUCGCGCCGUGGCACGUAACCCAAGCCGACUUUUUCGGAUCGUUCGUCGAUCUGCUCCGGUCGUGUCCUGCUGUGACGUCCCUCACGCCCGUCACGAACGCGUUUGUGCCGCUGAUCGCGCUCGUUUACGACAACGUCGCGCUCGACAUUUUGUUCGCCCGACUCCCGAUGCCGACCGUCCUCCCGUCCCAGGACAUCGACUCGGAUUACAUUUUGGCAGGUGUCGACCCGGCGUCGAUGAAGUCGCUCAAUGCGCCGCGCGUGAGCACCCUCGUCUUGCGCCUGGUGCCGCAGCCACAAUUGUUUCGAUCGGUCGUCCGGGCGAUUCGAACGUGGGCGCGGGCGCGAGGAAUCUAUUCCAGCAAAUGGGGCUACUUGGGCGGCGUAAGCUGGACAAUUCUGGUCGCAUUUGUGUGCCAAAUGUACCCCCACGACACUGACUGCGAGUCGGUGUUUCUCCGGUUCUUCCAAGUCAUGUCCGAGUGGGCAUGGCCCCAGCCGGUCAUGCUCAACGUUCUGUACGAUGCCGGCCUUGGCCUUGAAAGCUGGGACCCGCGGCUGAAUGUGUUUGAUCGAACACACGUCAUGCCGAUCAUCACACCGGCGUACCCUCCGAUGAACUCGGCCGUCCAAGUCUCGCACACGACGUUCAAAAUCAUCCACGAAGAGCUGUGGCGCGCUCGACAUUUUGCCGAGCUCGCGCACACCAACCCGGACGAAAAAAACGCCGCGUGGUCGCAACUGUUUGCCCCGACCAACUUUUUCAUUCGAUACGAUGUGUACUUGGGCAUGUCGUACACGGCGCAGACGAAGGAAGAGAUGUGCGUGUGGAGCAAGUUUGUCCACUCGAGGGUGCGCAAGCUCGUGGACGGUCUGCAGCACGUCAAAGGAGUCGCACGGGUCCAUGCAUUGCCCACGCACUUUCCGGUCCACACGCCAACCAACCAGGACGACGUCGACGCGAGUGUGCUACGUCAGUGUGUGUUUAUUGGCCUCGAGUUCAAGUGCGCCCCGGGCUCGUCCAGGCGGCAGACGCUGGCGGAUGACCCGCACUUGGCAACCACGAUCGACCAAACGAUUCGGUUCUUUGAAGCUACAGACAUGCAGCAGUUUGGUGUCCGGGCACCUGGCAUGGCACUGUCAACGUCCAUGAUGCAGUGGGAGAACCUCCCCGAGUUUGUGUUUGCGCACGGUCGUGAGAAGGCGGCAGAAGACAGAGUCGUCCUCCACACGUCGCCGCCGUCGCAUCCGCCGCCGCCGCGCAGUGCGUUUGCAUUUCACACCUCGUUUGGCAUGCCCCACCACCACUCGCGGCACAAGAACAAGGCCAAGAAAUCCAAGCGAAAGGACAAAGCCAUGGCGAGUAGUACUAUUUAAGACCGACACGAUGUGAAAAAAGUUAACCGAUUUAAUGGACGUGAAAUCCGUCAAGGCGCGACGCUGGAAUGGACCGGUCGCGGCGGCAGCCGGA